ACUUUCCUUGGAAGGAGAUGUUACACAUCGUCUGGUUCCAUCGUUAUCCAGCUUGUUUUACCAUUUGCAUCCAAAUUCUUGGAAAGUAAUGAGGUCACAAAUGCCUUUUUCAUUAUAGUGCAACGAUGCGCUGAAUCAGUGAAGACAUUCUCUAUCAAUAAUCCAUCAUGGAAUCAUCUGGUGCGCGGAUUUUAUAUGUGGAUUGUUCAGCGCUUGAGUUCAAAACCGCGCUCAUUGGUUUCCUACGAACAAUUGUGCUUGCUAUUCGAUCACCCAAAGCAGAGCUUGUAGCUGGCUUAUCUUAUGAUACGAUGUCUUGGAAAUGGUGAAGGCAGAAUCAGAGAAAGAAGGGAUUUUUCGUGACGAAUGUACCGCAGCCGAAUUCAUUCUAACACAAUGGAGAAGUGUUCUUGGUGUUGAUGAGGGAGUCCUCGACUGUUUCGACUUUCUAUUGUAACAUGGACAUCAUUCUCGUGUUAAUCAUGUGCAGUUAGUCAGUGUCUACUUCAAUGCUUGUAAUACUUACGGCAGUAUGAGUAUGAUGCUUUAUGGCUAUAAGUAGCUGCCAAUACGUUCUACUCCUUAUUUUUGUCACAACUAAUAAAACUAUACA